CACGGAAUUCCUCUAGUCGCCCACCGCCGUGUUGCCUGUGAGAUCGAGAGGUUUCCUCGAAGAGAUGGCACUGAGGGCAGCGGCGGCAGCUAGGACGAGCGGUUUCCGGCGGCUCUUCUCCAUCUCCGCCUUCUCUCCGCCACCUCCGGCCACUCCUCCUCCGCCCCCUGCUGAUCCCUCUACGAACCUCUUCGUCUCAGGACUCAGCAAGCGGACCACAACCGAGAAGCUCAGAGAAGCUUUCUCCAAAUUUGGUCAAGUCGUGCAUGCAAGAGUCGUCACGGACAGGGUUUCUGGUUAUUCUAAGGGAUUCGGUUUUGUCAGAUAUGCUACCAUAGAGGAAGCUGCUGAAGGAAUAAAAGGAAUGGAUGGCAAGUUUCUCGAUGGCUGGGUUAUCUUUGCAGAGUAUGCAAGACCUAGGCAACCUCCACAACCUCCUGCUAAUGAAUCACCAUCAGGUUCAUACACGAGUUAUUAGACCUAAAAUGCAACUGUUCUAAAUUGCUGGCUAAGCAUCGGCAGCAUGUUCUUCAUCUUGAUUGGCACUACGUUGAUUUGUGAUGGAGAGUAAUUUUGGAGCUGUUGAGUUAAAAAGUAGUGCCAAUGAGAAAACUGGGUUCUAUUUAUGUCGAAGUGUAUUUGACGUUGAUUUAUAAACUACAAGUGUAUUCUUAAUGGAACCUUCAGCAUGAGUUAUGCAGGCUUUGACACAGAGAAAAACUAAUUGGUUAAAAAAACAAUGGUUAUGAAUAUAUACGUUUCCAUGUUUGAAGAAUA